AUGACCCUCGACUUCACCGUCACAGACGCAGAAACCGAUGUCCAUUCGGCGCCGCCAGUUAGCUGGUCUAUGUCGAACAUCCUCGUCUUCGGGCGCGGGAACCGCGUACACUACCGGAACAUGGCAGCGACAGGAGACGACGUCCGGCAACUUUGCAAAAUUCGUGACGAGCAUGGAAAUUUGCGCUUGGUGCAAUGUGCCACCGGUCUAAUGGAAAACAUGGUAGCUGUCUGCACCAGCACCGGCCAUAUUCAAGUAUGGGACCUCGUGUCAAAUAAAAUGACCGCACAUUGGUCGACGAAGGGCGUCACUGCUAUGCAGUGGAACGGUCAAUCGCUCACGGUCGGCGGCAUCCGAGGCACGAUUAGGCACUAUGACACUCGUAUCAAGGAGACCGCAAAAAUGAAGGAACAGAGCCGUAAGACGACUCGUCAUCAAGCGGUAAUUAACAGUCUGUCGUGGAACUCAGAUGGUAAAUUCCUGGCCAGUGGCGAUGAGAGUGGGACCGUCCAUGUCUGGGAUUCCAGACAAAAUGCGCCCCUCGACGUUGGGGACCUUAUUCAACGCCGACGAAAAAUGCAGCACGAGGGUGCUGUUCACGCCUUGGCUUGGUGCCCAUGGCAAUCGGGUGUUCUCGCAAGCGGGGACUCAGCACAAGAUAAUACUGGAACGAUACGUAUUUGGAACGUGAAUUCUUCGCCUCACCCUACAUCAACCAAUCCAACCAAAUUGGAGCUCGACGCGCAAAUCACUUCACUUCAUUUUUCCACUCACUGCAAAGAACUUCUCAGUACCCAUGGACUGGGCAAGUCAACUACUUCCCCACCCCCGAAUGUGCACCUUGAUUCCAUGAUCUUCCCGUUCCCGUCCCAGCCCCGUCCUGCGAGAUUUUCUAAUUCCGUGGCGGUUCACCGCUUUCCCUCCCUUAAUCAAGUAUGUCUUGUUCAGGCGGCUCAAGCAAGUGUAGCCGGUAGCGUUCUCAGCCCGAAUGGGCAACGCAUUGUACUCGCGGUGCCAGGCGAGUCCAAGUUGAAAGUUUGGGACGUGUGGGGAAGGAAACGAGAGCUCAGGCGGACAUCGAGCAUUCUUUCUGGCGCCGGAAUUCGGUGA